AUGAUUACAAAGAAAAGGAAUAAUAGUAAUAGUAAAAAAUCAGCUGAAGAUAUAAAAGAAAGAAUAGAUAGUAUAAUCAAUGAAAAGAGAGAGAAUGAAAAUCUUGUAUUAGCAUUAAAGAAUAUUUACACCAAGGCAGAAGAGUUUGGUGUAAACAAGGAGAUGAUAGAGUUGAUCAAUAGAAAAGCAACAAAGUUGGAUGAAUAUUUGAUUGAUUUGAAAAAGCAUUCAAAAACAAAAGAACAAGAAUCAUUGGAUAUUGAAAAUGAAGAUUUAAAGAUGGCAGUUGCAAGAUUUAUUGUUGAAAUGUUAUCAGAGACUGGAUACAAUAAACAACUAUGGAUUGCAGUAUCGGCCAUCAAUACAAUCGAAUCACAUAUCAAUAAUGCAAAGACAACACCACUCGAAAAACAAGCAUUAAAUCAUUUGUUAAAUGAUCAUGCCAAAGAACCACUUGAUAUCAUUCGUGGUAUUCAAGAACAAGUAUUUGAUGCUAUUGCCAUUGGUCAAAGAGAAAGUGCUCCCUAUACUGGUGCUGAUCCUUUAUUAUUUAAAUCUCCAAAUGUUGGUAAAAUUGAAAAAGAAAUAGAAACAGAUGAAUUGGAAGAAGAAGAAGAAGAUUUUAUCAUUAUUGAAGAAGAAGAAGAAGAUUUUAUCAUUAUUGAUGAAGAAGAAGAAGAAGAAGAAGAAGAUAUUGAAUUGGAAGAGAUUGAAUUGGAAGAGAUGGAAUCAUCUGGAUUAGUAGAUGAAGUGGUACAAAAAUUGAUACAAGGAAUUGGAGGUAAAGCAUCACCAAUACAAAUCAUUAUAGAUGGUGUAACUUAUACAAUUGAUGAUACAGAUUCAACCGAACAACAUAAAAAAGUAGAAUCUUUAUUAAAACAAAAAAUCCAAGAUGAUACAUCAACUAUAACUACAACUACUACUACUACUACAACAACUACUACAACUAUCAAUAAUAAUAAUAAUAAUCCAGUAAAAGUUACAUAUGAUUCAGUAAUGGAAUUAAAUGGUACCAAUUUUGAUAAAGUAUUACAAGAAAAUGAUUUUGUAUUUGUAUUAUUUUAUGCACCAUGGUGUAGUAGAUCACAAACAUUAUCAAUUGAAGUGGAUGGAGCAAGAAAACUUUAUAAUAAUCAAUCAAAAUUAUCAAAACCAGUUGUAUUUGCAAGAGUCAAUGGAUUCAAGAAUCUUGAAAUAAGAGAUCGUCAAAGUAUUGGAGGAUUCCCAGUAAUACAAUUGUAUCGUAGAAAGGGAGGUAAUGUGAUUCCACGUGGACCAACACAUUCAAAUGUAUUGGCAAGUUUUUUGGCUCGUCAAACAAUGGAUCAUUUGGUUAGAAUAGACAAAGUAGAAGAUUUGGAAUCAUUUAUUAAUAUUGCAAGUAGUCAUGCAGUCAUUGGUAUUUAUCCAAUGACAUCGGUUGGUCAAGAUUUUGAAAAAUUCAUUCAACUUGUAAACAAAAUGGCAUUUAAAACUCCAUUGGCAGUGAUUCAUCAAGAAACUAUAAUUGAUCAUUUAAAUCAUUUAUAUCCUUUUAGAGAUGAAAAAGAGGAAAAUAGUUCCAAAUCUUUUGGUAUUUUAAAUUUAUAUCCAAUGGAAAAUAGAUUUUAUUUUUUAAAUCAAUCAGACAAUUCAAAUUCAAAUCAUACUAGUAAAUCAAUUUUUAAUUGGUUAUUGUCUCGUAAACCAAACAUAGUAUCAUAUAAAGAUUUUUAUGAAAAAUUAGGAAUUGAUAGAUUACCUGGAUUUGCAAUUGUUGAUUUAAUCAAUGAAAAACAUUAUAUCAAAUCUAGAUCUUCUUCUUCUUCUUCUUCUUCUUCUUCUACUUUGGAUUAUGAAUCAAUGAAACAAUUUUUAUUAGAUUUUAAUCAAGGAAAACUUUUACAUUCAACGACAAGUGAUUCAAAAUUUGAUCAAAAAGAAUUAAAUAUCAAUAUUGAUAAAUUGGUUUAUAAUCAAUUUAAUUCAACCAUUCAAAAUUUAAAAAAACCAACUUUAAUUUAUUUUAAUGCAAAUUGGUGUGGAUUUUGUAAAUUAAUGAAUAUUUAUUUUGAAGAAGCAUCAAAACAACUUGUAAAGAUUUAUGGUUUGGAUGGUAUUGAUAUUUAUAAUUAUGAUACAACUGUAAAUAGUUGUCCUGAUAUUAUGAAAUCUAGAAUCAAUGGGUAUCCUCAUAUUUCAUUAUUCCAAAAAGACCAAACUAUUAUUGAUUAUCAAAAUACAAGAAGUGUAAAAGCUUUGGUUGAUUUUGUUCAAUCAAAUAUUGAAUCUAAAAAGGAAACAAAAGAAGAAGAAAAAGAUGAUCAUUUUAUUAAAGAUAUUCAACAAUUAUCUUUAGAAUUGACAGAAAAAGAUUUAAAUAUUUAA